AUGAUCUUCAAAUGUAACCAGGGGUUUGUAAACAAGCUGGAUGAAUUCAUUCAAUGGUUAAACGAAGCCAUGGAAACCACUGAGAAUUGGACACCCCCGAAAGCAGAGACAGAUGGCCUUAAACUGUACCUGGAGACACACUUGAGUUUCAAGUUGAAUGUAGACAGUCAUUGUGCUCUCAAGGAAGCUGUGGAGGAAGAAGGACACCAACUUCUUGAGCUUAUUGCAUCUCACAAAGCAGGACUGAAGGACAUGCUGCGGAUGAUUGCGAGUCAGUGGAAGGAGCUGCAGAGGCAAAUCAAACGACAACACAGCUGGAUUCUCAGGGCUCUGGAUACCAUCAAAGCUGAGAUUCUGGCUACUGAUGUGUCUGUGGAGGAUGAGGAAGGCACUGGAAGCCCCAAGGCUGAGGUUCAACUCUGCUACCUGGAAGCACAAAGAGAUGCUGUUGAACAGAUGUCCCUCAAGUUGUACAGUGAGCAAUACACCAGCAGCAGCAAGAGGAAAGAAGAGUUUGCGGAUAUGUCAAAAGUUCAUUCAGUGGGAGGCAAUGGGCUUCUGGACUUUGAUUCAGAAUAUCAGGAGCUCUGGGAUUGGCUGAUUGACAUGGAGUCCCUCGUGAUGGACAGCCACGACCUGAUGAUGUCAGAGGAGCAGCAGCGGCAUCUUUACAAGCGAUACAGUGUGGAAAUGUCCAUCAGGGACCUGAAAAAGACGGAGCUGCUUAGUAAGGUUGAAGCUUUGAAGAAAGGUGGCGUUUUACUACCAAAUGAUCUCCUUGAAAAAGUGGAUUCAAUUAAUGAAAAAUGGGAACUGCUUGGGAAAACCCUAGGACAGAAGAUACAGGACACAAUGGCAGGGCACAGUGGGUCUGGUCCACGUGACCUGCUCUCUCCUGAAAGCGGAAGCCUGGUAAGGCAGCUGGAGGUCAGGAUCAAAGAACUGAAAGGGUGGCUAAGAGAUACAGAGCUUUUCAUCUUCAAUUCCUGUCUGAGACAAGAAAAGGAAGGAACAAUGAAUGCUGAGAAACAACUGCAAUACUUUAAGUCCCUCUGUGGUGAAAUCAAACAGAGACGACGUGGAGUGGCCUCCAUCCUGCGAUUGUGCCAGCAUCUUCUGGAUGACCGGGAUACUUGCAAUCUGAAUGCAGACCACCAGCCCAUGCAACUGAUCAUUGUAAAUCUUGAAAGAAGAUGGGAAGCCAUUGUCAUGCAAGCUGUCCAGUGGCAAACACGACUACAAAAGAAGAUGGGAAAGGAGUCUGAGCCUUUGAAUGUGAUUGAUCCUGGCUUGAUGGACCUAAAUGGGACAAGUGAGGAUGCCCUGGAAUGGGAUGAAACUGACAUAAGUAACAAGUUAAUUAGUUUGAAUGAAGAGUCAAAUGACCUUGAUCAAGAAUCCCAACAUCUCAUGCCUUCCUUAAAGCUUGAAGAGAUAGGUGGUGAGGACCCUGGUUAUGAAGAAGAGGCAGGUGACCAUGGGGGAUCUCAGUAUGCUUCAAGCAUCACUAUCCCCUCCAGUCCACACAUUUACCAAGUGUACAGCCUUCACAAUGUUGAACUCUAUGAAGACAGCAGCAUGCCAUUCCUGAAAAACAACCCGAAGUUCACCAGCAUGACACAGCCUAGUGUUUUGACUAAGAGUCUCAGUAAAGACUCUUCAUUUUCAUCUACCAAAUCUUUGCCGGACCUUCUAGGAGGUUCCAAUUUGGUGAAGCCCUGCCCAUGCCAUGGAGGAGACAUGAGCCAGAAUUCAGGCAGUGAGAGUGGAAUCGUCAGUGAGGGAGACACUGAAACCACUACCAACUCUGAAAUGUGCUUGCUCAAUAUGGUGGAUGGGUCCCCAAGUAACCCUGAAACUGAACAUCUGGACCCACAAAUAGGAGAUGCAGUUAACGUGUUAAGGCAAAAAUUUAAAGAUGAGGAGGAACACAUUAAGCUUCCAAAUAGCUCUCAGUCAUCCAUUUCACCAGUGGGUUGUGUAAAUGGAAAAGUUGGAGAUUUAAACAGUGUUACCAAAUAUACCCCUGAUUGUUUGGGAGAAGAAUUACAAGGAAAACAUGAUGUGUUUACAUUUUAUGAUUACUCAUACCUCCAAGGCUCAAAACUCAAAUUACCAAUGAUAAUGAAACAGUCACAAAGUGAAAAAGCACAUGUGGAGGAUCCCCUACUUCAUGGUUUUUAUUUUGAUAAAAAAUCCUGCAAAUCCAAACAUCAGGCUACAGAGUUACAACCAGAUGCACCUCCCCAUGAGAGGAUUUUGGCAAGUGCAUCCCAUGAAAUGGAUCGAAAUUCAUAUAAAAGUAGUGAUGUAGAGAAGACAUUCACUGGCAUGCAGAAUGCCAGACAGCUCUCCCUUUUAUCACAUAGUUCAUCUAUUGAGUCCCUUUCUCCAGGGGGUGAUUUAUUUGGAUUGGGCAUCCUUAAAAAUGGCAGUGACAGCCUCCAGCGAAGCACUUCUUUAGAAAGUUGGUUGACAUCCUAUAAAAGCAAUGAGGAUCUUUUUAGCUGUCACAGCUCUGGGGACAUAAGUGUGAGCAGUGGCUCAGUUGGUGAACUGAGUAAAAGAACAUUAGAUCUCCUGAAUCGUUUAGAGAAUAUCCAGAGCCCUUCAGAGCAAAAGAUAAAGCGAAGCGUUUCUGAUAUCACUCUCCAAAGUAGUUCCCAAAAGAUGCCCUUUACUGGCCAGCUGUCUUUGGAUAUAGCAUCUUCUAUCAAUGAAGACUCGCCAGCCUCUCUUACAGAACUUAGCAGCAGUGAUGAGCUCUCUCUUUGCUCAGAGGAUAUUGUAUUACACAAAAACAAGGUCCCAGAAUCAAAUGCGUCAUUCAGGAAGCGCCUAACUCGUUCGGUGGCUGAUGAAAGUGAUGUCAAUGUCAGCAUGAUUGUUAAUGUCUCUUGCACCUCUGCUUGCACUGAUGAUGAAGAUGACAGUGACCUCCUUUCCAGCUCUACCCUCACCUUGACAGAAGAAGAGCUAUGCAUCAAAGAUGAAGAUGAUGAUUCCAGUAUUGCAACAGAUGAUGAAAUUUAUGAAGAAUGCAACUUGAUGUCAGGGCUGGACUAUAUAAAGAAUGAACUACAGACUUGGAUUAGACCAAAGAUUUCCUUGACAAAAGAUAAGAGAAGGUGUAAUAUCAGUGAUGAGAUAAAGGGCAAUAAGGAUGUAAGUAGUAGUGAGAUAACCAAUCCAUCUGAUACCCUGAACAUUGAGGCUCUACUAAACAGCUCCAUAAAAUGUCUCUCUGAAAAUAAUGGAAAUGGUAAGAAUUUACCCCAUACUCAUGAGAUAGGGACAAAAGGUGAAAAUAAGAAAAAUAUUUUCAGAGUUAAUAAAGAUCCAUAUGUGGCUGACAUGGAAAAUGGCAAUAUCGAAGGCACUCCAGAAAGGCAGAAGGACAAACAAAAUGGGAUUUCAAAGGAAUCAGAAAAUCUUGGUUCAGCUGGGAAAAAGAAUUCAGACAGUGAGCACUGUAAGUGUAAAGUAUUUAUGGAUAGCUCAGAUGAUUCAAAUAUUGCUGGAAAAGAAUUUGUUCCCCAAAUUGUUAGACAUCGUCCAAAGAAAUGUCAAAACCACCACCAUGUUGAAAACCCAACUACUGUUCCUACUCCCACUGAGAAGUCUUGCUCAGAACUGCACUCAAAAACCAGCGUUAUCAGUAGACAGGAUUCUGAGGCACUGAAAUCUUCAUCUAAUGAUGUACCAAGUAUGGCUGGAAAAUCUGCUCCCUGCUGCCUAGCACUUGAACAAAAUGAAACAGAGGAGAAUGUUUCUGUCAGCGACAGCAUUUCCUGUUGUGACUGUGAGCCAGAUGUUUUCCAUCAAAAAGAUGCUGAAGAUUGCUCAGUACAUGACUUUGUUAAGGAAAUCAUUGACAUGGCUUCAACGGCCCUGAAAAGUAAAUCUCAACCUGAAAAUGAGGCAGCUGCUCCUACCUCAUUAACUCAAAUCAAGGAGAAGGUGUUGGAACAUUCUCACCGGCCAAUCCAACUGAGAAAAGGGGACUUUUAUUCCUAUUUAUCUCUCUCAUCUCAUGACAGUGAUUGUGGGGAGGUCACCAAUUAUAUAGAAGAGAAGAGCAACACUCCAUUGCCACUGGACAUUAGUGAUUCUGGGUUAGAAGACAAGGACACCGAAUGCUUCUUUGAGGCCUGUGUUGAAGAUGACCCAGAUGGAGAUGAGCCCUGCAUCUCCAACGCUCCUCCAAAAGAAUCUACUCUUUCUGUUGAAGCUGUUUUGGCACCACAAGCAGCAUCUGGCUCUUCUAAGUUCAAUGAUAUUUCUCUCUUGGCUGAUGAGGCAGACAUGGUGGCUCUUUCAGGCCCUUCCCAGCAGAAAGAAUCUGAUGUUGGAAAGGAAGGGGAUGGUUUACCCCAAACUACUCUCUGUGGGAAAAGCUCAGAGUUAACUACUUCACAGCUGGGCAGUGAAAAGGAAAGUUCAGAAAACAUAGGUGAAUCUGGAAUGCCAGGAGAACAUAAUGCUGCUUCAGCCAAAUCUAGAGUUCCAGGACUCUCCUUGACAGCAAAGCAGGCAAAAGACAAGGCUGCAUUGCAUCCCAACCCCAAAACUUUAACCUGUGAGGAAAAUCUAAAUGUUCAUGAAGAACAACAUAAAAAUAUGCAUAGGUAGAAUGCAACCCUCUCCACGCAUGAAAAUCAUCUCAUUGAAAGAUAAGCCUGGCUGUAACUCAGGGGUGGUCUCAUAGUCCCACCCUGGGCUAGUCUGUGGUUCCAUCGCGUCACUGCCAUUUGUUACAUUGAUCUCUCCCAAGAUGAAUCUUCCCUCCGAAUGCGAUUUGUCCACAUGAGCCUUGUGAUCUGGAUUGUGCACUGGUUUUCUUUAGGUGAUUGUCUUUGAAGUUCGGCAAAGCUGCUUGUUCUCCCAUGGAUUCCUCUCCCAAGCUACCUCUACCAACCCUGCCUCUCCAGCGAGACUUUUCUGUUUGCCUCCUCCCUCCCCAUCUACUCUUUAAAGUUCUGCGGUCCACCAAAUUGAUGGUCCAUUAAAAUUCACAUGUCUGGAAUGAUCCCCUUGCUGGUACUUGACCAAUUUCAUGUUUCAAUCUGGAUUUUUUUUUAAUGGUAUGAUUCCUAUGUUUAUUGAAAGAGAUUUACCUAAAAGGCCAAUAUUUGAUUUGAUUGCAGCAUACAGAAGAAACACUGGUCCUUCUUUCAAAAUUAAGCAACUUUUAAAAGCGUCAUUUUAUUUAUUUCAUUUUAAAAAUCAUCUAUGCAGCACUUCAAGAAACAACUAUAUGGUGUUGUAUAUUAUAAACUGGUGACAUUCUACUAUUAAAUUAUGUACAACAUUUUCGUUUUUUAUGCUUCUUGAGGUGGUAAUGAGAAAAAAGUUUUUUAAAAAAGUGUGCCUUGCUGUAUUUCUUAUACCAUUUAUUAAAAAGCUGCUUUCACAGUAAAAUUAUGUUGGUUUGAAAGGAGGAAAUAGCAAGGUUAAGAUGUGUGAAUAAUUUCUGUAUAUAUGUAUAACCAAGUACAAACAUUGAUGUAUAAUGACAGUAUAAAAUGCUUUCAUGUUUAUGAUGUCUAGUGAUGUGGAAAAUAUAAGCCUUAAACCAUUAGAUUGCAUGGUAAUUAAAAUUGGCAUAAUAAACAUAGUUCAUUGGGGGAAAAGGAAAAUCAGUGAUCUCUUCUACCUGUGUUCUUUACCAAAUUGUUACAUCUGGUUCUGGAAAAACUAGAACAUGUAGUAGCUUCCAAAAUAUCCAUAUUGCUUAAGAGGCUUAAACUUAAACUACACGUGAAGCCUUCACAAUUUUCAAAAUCUUUCUGAUCACUGCAAAGAUCUUAGAACACAAAUGAUUACAUGCCAGUUCCCCUAAACCAAUAAAAAGCUAUCCUAGAUUGUUUUAUUUCUACUUAUCAUUAACAGUUUAAUAUUGGAUUUCAGAAUAUCUAGUAUGUCUCAUAUUUAUCCUAUGUAAUUUUUUUGAAUGGGUUUGAUAGAAAGAUGGUAGAGAAGUCUAGAAAAUUUGACUAUUUUGAAUUAGACUAUGGAUUUCAGGUGUAUUUAUUUUGUGCUAAGAGAAAUCAGCUGAAAAAUAUUCCAUUUGGUCUUUACUGCUCUUGUGAAACACAGUUUUUAAUUUAUACCCUAACACCUACUAAAGUGCCUGAUACACAGUAGGUAUUCAGUAAAAAAUUACUGAAUUGAAGUAUUGAAUUAGGCAAUAUGUGUGACAUGUACUUUUUCAUUUUGAGAGACCUACGCUAUAACAUAUAAACAACUAGAAAAAUACAUAAUGCAGUCAUUCACUCAACUGAUAGUUAAUUAACACCUUUUAUCAGCAAGGACUGUUCUAGAUGUGGGGGAUGCAAUGAUGAACAAAGGCCCUGCCCUCCGGAGGCUUGCCUAUACACUGUGGACAGAGUGAACACCCAAAGGUGAUGCAGUGGUUGUCCUGCAGGCAAGGAAGAGAGUAAAGUGGUAAAAGAGGCACAAAGAAGUAGCAAAGAGGGACAAGGAGGAAGCAAGAGGCUAGAAGGGAAAAGAAAGUGAAACCACAGAAAAAGAGUGAAGUUUUCCUGCAGGGAUGGUGGGAAAACAGGUAGACUGCGAGACGUAAUGAGCAGUCUUUUAAAAAGUUAAGUUGGAGCUUUUGUAUGUAAUGUAGCAGGUAGUAAGGAGACUUUGUGGUCUUUCUUUUGCACCUGAUUUUAUUUAUCAUUAGAAUAUUAGCACAACACCAAGAAAAAUUUUAAAAUACUAGUCUAUGAUUUUACCAUUUUCAUAACAAUUUAUAUUGUUAUGUCCCUUCUAAUCUUUUCCAUACCUAUUUCCAAAUUGAAUCAUUCUAGGCUUUUGCAUAAGUAGUAAUUAUUCGAAAGAAGUUUUAGGCAGACAUCUAGUAACUGUGGGCAAGAUGAUGACAGGGGAAAGAGAUUAGAGAUAAAUGUCUCAUUAGGAGGCAGCUGUAGAAAAUAAGGUAGGCUUGAAAUAACAGAGUACGCAGGGAUAGUGGCCAGAAAUGCAGAGAAAGAAGAAAUCCUAGUCUUGAACUACCUAAGAGCAUUCGGGAUCCCUGUUGAGGUAUUGUACUAUUUUAUAUAAUGAGACAACCUAAAUUUUCCUUGGGUGAUGCCAAGGGCCACAUUUAUUGGUAAAACCUUCAAAGAACAAAUUGACCAUUAUGUUCUAUUUACCUGUUAUAUAUGCUCAUUGAAUACCAUGAGGUAUUAAAAAUCAUUUACUAAUUAUCUACUUAAUACUAACACUGAAUUUGUAAGAUGACUUUCACUGAACCGUAUUUUUUAUGGUUGGAAGGGAUGAAAUCACCU